AUGGCGAGUCGUGCUUUUGAGCGGCGGGCCGGGUUGUGGACAGUGACGCCUGGCGAGCGAGCGGCUGUCGCAAGCGGAAAUGGAGCGCUUCUCUUCCAAAACCCAGAACUUCCCUUGCCCUUUUCACCGUCCUCCGUCUUCUAUAGUGGCGCACCGCCUUCGCGGCCAUUUGGCGCCGGGCCUCUCGCUGGGAGCAUCCUCGCAGGCGGUAAUUACGCGAGCCUCUCCUUUCAGGGAGGUGCUGCGCCCUCGGCUUUCCAACCUGGAGGAGCAUCGGGAGGAGUAUUAGGCUUGCCCAGUUGGUCCGCGCUCAGCGCUAUGCCAGGCUGGUCUUCUCGCCGGAGCCGGCGAAGCCGACAGCUGAAUGAAAUCGACCAUACGAGUCACGCAACGACGAGCCAGGAGUACACGAGAAAAAUGCAGUGUGGGCAUUUCCGCGAAAUCUUUCCGCAGAAGCGCAGCAUCGCGCAGUUUCACGCGAAACAGAUUGUGGACAGGUAAAACCCAAGAUCUCUACAGUUUGUGCUGGAUCAUGUAAGUAAGCAAAAAUAGGAAUUUGUAUUUGAUGAGAUUAUACAACAUAUUUAUAUAUAGUUACAGUAGUUUAUCACCAUCAUGCUCCUUCAUCCGAGAAGUGAUGCUACCACCAUCCGAGAAAAAAGUAAAGAACUACAGAGUAGUCCAAAAACAAAAAUCAACAUCUAGAUAAGUACCUAGAUAUCACAACUCGUCUACAUAAAUAUGCAUUUUUCAUCAACGACAACAACAUGAAAAUCAGACUCGCGUACGUCGGCCACCGCGCGGCCGUGCAGAGGUGUCGCGCAUUGAAGAAGCGACGGGAAUGGCUCGAGAAUCUGAAGCCUGGCACGCACGUGGACGCGAUGGACACCGAGCAGUGUUGCUGGUACGAGAGUUACAUUGUGGCUUUGCACGAGGAGGGAGAGCACCGCGCAGGCGUGAAGACGAAGUGCACAGUUCAUUUCCUAGGUUGGAAUACGACGUGGCGGCGCCAGAUCGACUUGCGAACUAGCGACAGUUUGAGGCUGCAGCCUCGCAACUAUGUAGUACCGGAGUGGCGGAAAAAGCUGAAGCGAUUCGACUCCUUGGAUGUGAAAAUCCCCUUGUGCCAAAUCGUCGGGAAAAAGGCGCUGCCAGACGCGGAAGUGCUCGCAUCUUCUGCAGUAGCAUCUGUGGUGUUUGGAGGAACGGCAAACUCUACUGCCUCAUCUCCUGGUGGAUCCG